CUUAGGACUGAAAUAGUAGUAAUUGAUUGCGGGAGAGAGAAAUAGUAGUCAAAGAGAGCCCCAUUGUUUUGAAAAGAAGAAAAAAAAGGAACCCUCAAUUACAAAAGCGAAAAUUUAACCAGUUAAUAUUCAAAAAAAAAAGAAAAGAAAAUUUAACCAGUCUUCUAAUCUUUUACAGAUCGAUACCUUUGUCCAUCUCUCUUCCUGCUUCGCUUAAGAUCCGAUCGAACUUGAACAGCUCCGCACUGGACACGAACCCUCUAAAGAUAGUUAUAUUGGUAUACUUUACAGGUGUAAGAUCUUGUGAGUUAACAUGGCAAUGAUUGAUGAGCCGUUGUAUCCCAUUGCUGUGUUGAUUGAUGAGCUCAAGAAUGAAGAUAUCCAGCUUCGUUUGAACUCUAUCCGCAGACUCUCUACGAUUGCACGUGCACUUGGUGAAGAAAGGACACGGAAAGAGUUGAUUCCAUUUCUGAGUGAGAACAAUGAUGAUGAUGAUGAAGUUCUCCUUGCCAUGGCGGAAGAACUCGGAGUUUUUAUUCCUUAUGUUGGAGGUGUGCAAUAUGCUAAUGUGUUGUUACCUCCAUUGGAGACUCUGUGCACUGUUGAGGAAACUUGUGUGAGGGAGAAGGCUGUGGAGUCAUUGUGUAGAAUUGGUGCCCAGAUGAUGGAGCAGGACUUGGUCGAGUCCUUUAUUCCAUUAGUGAAGAGAUUGGCUGCUGGUGAGUGGUUUACGGCUCGAGUUUCCUCGUGUGGCUUGUUUCGUAUUGCAUACCCAAGUGCCCCGGAGGCAUUAAAAACUGAACUGAGAGCGAUAUACAGUCAGCUUUGUCAAGAUGACAUGCCCAUGGUUAGGAGAUCUGCUGCAACAAAUCUUGGAAAUUUUGCUGCUACUAUAGAAGCACCUCAUUUGAAGGUGGACAUCAUGUCUAUGUUUGAUGAUCUGACACAAGAUGACCAAGAUUCUGUUCGAUUAUUGGCUGUUGAGGGUUGUGCAGCUCUUGGAAAGUUGUUGGAACCCCAAGAUUGUGCAGCACAUAUUCUCCCUGUCAUAGUUAAUUUCUCACAGGAUAAGUCUUGGCGUGUCCGUUACAUGGUUGCUAAUCAAUUGUAUGAGGUAUGUGAAGCGGUUGGUCCUGAGCCUACUAGGUCGGACCUAGUUCCUGCAUACGUUUGCCUGCUUCGUGAUAAUGAAGCUGAAGUCCGAAUAGCUGCUGCGGGAAAAGUAACCAAGUUUUGCCGAAUUCUGAACCCGGAAUUAGCAAUUCAGCAUAUUCUUCCUUGUGUCAAGGAACUAUCAACAGAUUCAUCCCAGCAUGUUCGUUCUGCUUUAGCUUCAGUUAUAAUGGGAAUGGCACCUGUUUUAGGGAAGGAUGCGACCAUAGAGCAAUUGCUUCCCAUAUUUCUUUCUCUUUUGAAAGAUGAAUUUCCAGAUGUUCGACUGAAUAUCAUUAGCAAGCUUGAUCAAGUGAACCAGGUGAUUGGAAUUGAUCUGCUGUCCCAGUCCCUAUUGCCAGCAAUUGUGGAGCUUGCAGAGGAUAGGCACUGGAGGGUUCGGCUUGCAAUAAUAGAAUACAUUCCUUUAUUGGCAAGUCAGUUGGGUGUUGGAUUUUUUGAUGACAAACUUGGUGCACUCUGCAUGCAGUGGUUAAAAGAUAAGGUUUAUUCUAUUCGUGAUGCUGCUGCUAAUAAUGUGAAGCGUCUGGCAGAAGAAUUUGGACCAGAUUGGGCAAUGCAGCACAUAGUUCCUCAGGUUUUGGACAUGAUUAACAAUCCUCAUUAUCUGCAUCGGAUGACCAUUCUACAUUCAAUUUCUUUACUUGCCCCUGUUAUGGGCUCAGAUAUUACUUGUUCAAAACUUCUACCAGUGGUUAUUAAUGCUUCAAAAGAUAGGGUACCCAACAUCAAGUUUAACGUGGCCAAGGUGCUGCAGUCACUUAUUCUGAUUGUUGAUCAAUCUGUAGUGGAGAAGAAAAUCCGUCCAUGCUUAGUUGAAUUGAGUGAGGAUCCUGAUGUUGAUGUCAGGUUUUUCGCCAGCCAAGCACUAGAAUCAAGCAAUCAGGUCAUGAUGUCUUAGCUUGCCUUGUGUCAUUAUUAUUUUUUACUUCUGUUUUGUCCCCCCCAAUUUUGUUUUUGUUUUUGUUCCCCUCUCAAUAUCUCAUAUUAUCAGAUACAUGCAGUUUCUUAUUUGUGGUGCUGAAUUCCUUGUCAAAGAAUCUUUUAUUUUGUUCAGAAGAAAAUGCCUGCACCUGUGACAUGCUUUUCUAAUCACAAUCAAACCAAUUCUUGAAA